AUGCACAACACCAACGAGAAGCGAGAUUUCCAUCACCCAUACACGCCUUACAAUAUCCAAAAUGAAUUCAUGGGCGCUGUCUACACGUGUCUGGAAGACGGCAAAGUCGGCAUCUUCGAGUCGCCGACGGGAACCGGCAAAUCGCUGAGCUUGAUAUGUGGCUCGAUGACUUGGCUACGCGAUCAUAAGCGACGGACAUUCGAAGAAGGCUUCACGGUAGACGCUGCGAAUAGUGAAGAGCCUUCAUGGAUUGUUGAACACGCCCAGAAGCAGCGGAAGCAGGAAGCGCUUCGGCGUAAACAGGACCUGAACGACCGCAUUGCCAAAAUCAAAGCCAAAGAGAAGCGUGCGAAAGAACGUUACGAAAGCGGCGAACCCAAGUACAAGAAACAGAAGACUGCGGCAGGCGAUACCGAAAAUAAUGACGAAGCCCAGUUCGCUUUGGAUGAUUACGAGAGCGAUGAGGAGUCUCACAAACGAGCAAGAACCGGCGCGUUUGACGAGUCUGGGCUGUCGGCAGAAACCCAGGCCUUGAUGGCAUCCCUCGGCUACAGCGCUGAUGCAUCAAAGGACGACGAUGGAGAGGCGCCUGACGAGACAAAGAUAUUCUUCUGCUCUCGAACACACUCCCAGUUGACGCAAUUCUCCAGCGAGCUAGGUCGCGUUAAGAUGCCGCCCGCUAUUGCCCCGGGCGAAGAGGUGAGCGGCGGCGAGAUAGACACACUCGUCGAGGACGUGAAGCACCUUACCCUUGGAUCAAGGAAGAAUCUCUGCAUCAACAGUAAAGUUAACAAGCUCGGCAGCGCCACAGCCAUCAACGAACGAUGUCUGGAGCUUCAGCAGAACAGCAAAACAGAAAGUCGGUGUCCACAUAUGCCGACCAAGGAAAGCGAGCCGUUGGUUAAUGACUUCCGUGACCAUGCGCUUGCGAAGAUUAGGGACAUCGAGGACUUGGGGGUGCUGGGCAAAAAGCUGGGUGUAUGUCCAUACUACGCUUCUAGACCAGCAACCAAGUACUGUGAGGCUCAGAUCGUAACGCUUCCUUACCCACUACUCCUUCAGCGCACAGCUCGUGAAGCACUUGGUCUCUCACUCAAAGAUCACAUCGUCAUCAUCGAUGAAGCGCAUAACUUGAUGGACGCCAUCGCAGGCAUCUACUCCGUAUCCGUAACCCUCGACCAAGUACAACAAGCGCGCGCCCAACUCACAGCCUACCUCCAGAAGUUCCGCAACAAGCUCAAAGGGAAGAAUCGCGUGUAUGUUGCCCAGACAGUCCGCAUCUUGGACUCCAUCAUCGCCUACCUGCAGUCCAUCGACGCCAAUGCGAAAGCGAUAGACGGCUUGGUAGACAUGGCUGCAAUCAUGUCCGGGAAAGGCGUUGACCAGAUCAACAUCUACAAGCUCAACACUUACCUCCAAGAAAGCAGACUGGCGCGCAAGGUCGACGGGUACACCGUCUUCGCCGAGCAAGCGGAGAGUGGAAGCACGCAGAGGCUGAUUGCAAAGUCGGCCAAAAAUGGGCCGCGACAUACUGUACCGGUCCUGAUGCAUGUACAAGCCUUCCUCCUGUCAUUGAUGAACCCAUCUAGCGAAGGCCGCUUCUUCUACGCGAAGGAGGAAGCGUCAGGCACCACAUUACGAUACAUGCUCUUGGACCCAACUUACCACUUCAAAGACAUCGUUGAAGAAGCCAGGGCAGUCGUACUAGCUGGCGGCACCAUGUCGCCGAUGAGUGACUACGAGCAGCAUCUGUUAUCGUACCUGGAUCCCUCAAAGAUCAUGACACUGUCCUGCGGCCACGUCAUUCCGCCAUCGAACCUUCUCGCUGCACCCGUCGUUCGAGCUACAAGCGGGGCUGAGUUUGACUUUACGUUUGAGAAUCGCAAUAAGGACAAGACCAUGGUCGAUCUCGGCAAUGCCAUCUUGAUAUUUGCGCAGCACAUCCCGGAUGGCGUGGUGGUCUUCUUUCCGAGCUACUCUUUCCUCGACGCUUGCAUCGCAGCGUGGAAGCGCAUCAGGCUUGCGCCUUCGACGUCCACUUUCUGGGACAGCUUCACCCAAACAAAGCCCGUCUUCCUUGAGCAGCGCAGCCAGCAACAGCCCUCUAAGCAACCACCCGCAACCAAAGAAGCAACCGCAGACUCCGUCCUCACCGCCUACAGCACCGCAAUCGCAUCAGGCUCCGGCCGCGGCGCCCUCCUCUUCGCCGUAAUCGGCGGCACCCUCUCCGAAGGCAUAAACUUCAGCGACGCCCUCGGCCGCGGCGUCGUGGUCGUUGGCCUCCCCUUCCCCAACCCACACUCAGCAGAAUGGAAGGCAAAAAUGCAGUAUAUCUCCGCCAAACAAGCGAAGAGCGGCGGUGACGGCAAGGCUGCUGCGCGCGAGUUCUACGAGAAUGCUUGUAUGCGCGCUGUUAAUCAGUGUGUGGGCAGGGCGAUUAGACAUAAGGGUGAUUAUGCGGCGAUUUUGAUGUUGGAUAGACGGUAUGGGAGUAGGCGUAUCCAGGAUAAGCUGCCGAAGUGGAUUCGGGGAAGUUUGACGGGGGGGUUGGGGGACCAGCAAGCACUAAGAGAGCAUAACCAGAGAAAGCCUGAUCAAACAAUUCGGUUCAAGAUGGCCUCAUCUCGGCGACAAAAUGGUGAAGAGCGGGGUGCUUAUACGACUGUUGCGCAGACCGAGACCGCAAGUGCAAACCUCACGGUACAUGGCAAGGACAUCGUAAAUGAGGAGCAGGAUGCCGUGUCUUUCGAAGCGCCUGUUCACAUUGGCUCCAUACCGACAGCAGAGGAUCUGCUGUUCCUGCCUCGCGUAGCGGACACGCUGCCAUAUGGUGCUUUUCUAGUCGCAGUCGUCGAGCUUUGUGAGCGCUUCGCUUAUUACGGACUCUCCGGCCCAUUCCAAAACUACAUCGCCAAUGAAUACAACGACCCCAAUGGCCUACCUGGAGCUCUGGGCUUGAAACAGAGUGGCGCGACAGCGAUGACAAACUUCUUCCAGUUCUGGUGCUACCUUACACCUUUGUUUGGCGCCGUUGUUGCAGACCAGUACCUGGGGAAGUAUGCGACGAUCAAGUGGUUCAGUUUGGUAUACAUGGUCGGAAUCGCCAUUCUCUUCGUUACCAGCUUGCCAUGGGCGGUUCGAGGUGGAGCUGCGUACCCUGGACUUAUCGUCGCGAUGCUUGUCAUUGGCCUGGGUACUGGCGGCAUCAAGAGCAACGUGUCGCCGUUGAUCGCGGAGCAAGUGCGGUCUAACAAGCCUUUCGUCAAGGACUUGCCCGGAGGAAAGCGGGUCAUUGUCGAUCCGGAGAUUACGGUACAGAGAAUCUACAUGAUAUUCUACAUGUGCAUCAACGUUGGUUCGAUCUCCGCUAUAGCGACAACGAUGCUGGAAUUACAUGUCGGGUUCUGGAGUGCCUAUCUCUUACCAUUGAUCAUGUUCUGCGUUGGAUACGUGGUACUAGUGAGAGGAAGGAAGCAGUACAUCAUCAAGCCACCUCAAGGCGGGGUGAUUGGCAACUGCUUUCGCGCCCUGUACAUCGCCGCAAGGAACGGUGGAGAUCUCGACAAAGCGAAAGCUUCCGCUCAAGGGCACGGGAGAAGUAGGUCGAAGGUGACUUGGGACGACAAGUUCAUUGACGAGUUGAAGACCGCGCUGGUCGCAUGCAAGGUCUUCUUGUUCUUCCCGAUCUACUGGCUCUCGUACUCGCAGAUGCUGAACAACUUCGUCUCACAGGCUGGUCAAAUGGAGUUGCAUGGCCUUCCGAACGACAUCCUUCCCAACAUCGAUCCCGUUACUAUUAUUCUCCUUAUCCCGAUCAUGGACCGCCUCGUCUACCCGUUCAUCCGUACACGACUGCACAUAGCAUUGAUGCCAAUAACGCGCAUCUCUCUCGGCUUCCUCAUGGCUGCGCUUGCCAUGCUAUACGCAGGCGCUCUCCAGUCAAAGAUCUACGCGGCGCCACCCUGCUACUUCAGCCCAUCAAAUUGUGACGCGGGAAAGGUCAGCGAGGGGAAAUUCAAACCAAACGAAGUCCACGUCGCAUGGCAAGCCCCAGCAUACGUUCUAAUCGCUUUGAGCGAGAUCCUCGCUAGUGUUACCGGCCUGGAACUGGCAUAUGCGAAGGCACCGGAGAAUAUGAAGAGCUUCAUCAUGAGUCUCUUCCUGCUCACAAGCGCUGGUGGCAGCGCGCUGGGUAUCUUGAUUGCUCCAUUGGCAAGAGAUCCACACUUGCAGUGGCUAUACUUCGGCUUGGCGUUGAUCGCCGCUGUCGCGGGCGUUGUGUUCCAUCGUAUGUUCAAAGACGUUGAUGGCGGCCCUGCGGCGAAGUUGGCUGAUGCUAGAGAGUACGAGUUGAUCGGAAGAGCGAGCGCCGACGAUGAUGGAUAUUAUAGUGAUGAUGCGGACCCGGUCCAUGGCUCGCAGCGCGCCUGA